UUUGAGUGUGGAAGCUCGAGUCCAUCCGAGAACACGCUCGCGCACGCCCUGCAGGGGAGAUAGAAAGUGCAGGACAGAAAGUGAGCGCGCGCGCGCUUUCACACAUCCUCUUCACGCACUCCACCGCGGCUCAUGCGAGAGCUGUAGCGGUUCAGGGCUCGCGGUGUCGGUCACGGGUCAUGGGGGGAAACCUGGGGUGCCACCGCUCGCUGCCGGCGGACCCCGCGGACGUGCGGCAGCGCGGGCGCAAAUUCAGCGCGACCUGCAGCUUUGCGCACAUCUCCGCGCACAACCCCGAGCGCCUGAACGUGAACGCGGCCAGCGAGGAGGAGCUCAUGACCCUGCCUGGGGUUAGCCGGGCCAUCGCGCGCGCCAUCGUGGAGCACCGCGCGCGCAUCGGCGGCUUCAGGAAAGUGGAGGACGUGGCCCUGGUGAGCGGCAUCGGCGCCGCCAAGCUGCAGCUCAUCAAGCCGGAAAUCUGCGUGUCGAGCCGCAGGAGCAACAACAACAACGACCCGCGCGAGCAGGAGCACCGCGCGUCCGUGACGCACUCGUGGACGUCCUCCCACCCCAACUCCCCGGCCGUCUGCACCGAGCUGCACCUGCCCCCCGGAGGACCCGCACACAUGGCCUCCGAGCGGCCCGACGUGCAGCCUGCGCCGUGCGCGCGUCACGGAAAACCGCUGGUGCGCGUGGCCACAUGGGAUCUCCAGCGCUGCUCGAGCGACAAAGCCAACAACCCCGGGGUCAAAGAGGUCGUGUGCAGGACCCUGCUGGAGCGCGACAUCAAGUUGCUAGCAGUUCAGGACCUGGCCGAUCAGCAAGCGCUGGAUAAGUUUUGCACAGAGCUCAAUCAGCCAACUCUCUCCAGUGUGUGUAAUUGGAAAGGCCCUCGCGGCAUGUGGAAAUGUGCUGCUUCUGGGAAACCCACUGGAGAGUCCUGUAUAGGUUCAGAAUAUUCCGGUUUCCUCUGGGACUCCUCGGCUGGCAUCCAGCUGAAAGAGGCCGUGGUUUUGGAGAGCGCUGCUGCUAACGGCAACGGGAACGACGCCCAGCCCAAAGCCUACCUUGGACACUUUUAUAUCGGAUCGUCCGAGCUCACCGUCGUGAACGUGCACGUCAAACCUCCGUCGCCGCCGAAGCAGCAGAACGGGCGGAGCCACAAAUCUGACGAGCUGAAAGCCCACAGGCUGAGCCCUGGAGUACAGGAGACUCUGAGAGGGGUGAAGAACGUGUUGGUUGUGGGGGGCUUUGGUCUUCCUCCGGACAGCGCUCAGUUUGAGCCUCUGAAGAAGGAGAAGCUGAGCGCCCUCGUGCCUUCCUCGGUCAACACCAACAUCAGCACCAAAGCACCGCAAGGAUCCAGCUGCCUGGACAACAUCUGGGCCAGCCGUAGCAUCAAGAAACUCUACACAGGUCAUUGCUCUGUCGUGAGGGAGGGCCUGACGAACCCCUGGAUCCCUGAUAACUGGUCGUGGGGCGGAGUGGCCUCGGAGCAUUGCCCCAUCAUGGCCGAGUUUUACACAGAUUACACGAAUGAGAAGACGACGAAGGAGCCAAUGCACAAUGGAAGCAGCGUGGCAGUGGUGGAGAGGGAUGACCUCACACCCAAACAUGAGCGGUGACCUUUGACCUCGGGUUGUGGAGACUGUCAUGGUGACGGAGAGACUGAGAUGGACUGAGGCUGCAUCUUUUCCAGCUGUUGUACAGUAGAAAUUAUUUUGAAUGUAGAGAAAUAAUCAGAUAUUUAUGGAAAUGAGAGAUAUGUAUGUAUAAUUAUUUUUUUUUUUUUUCCAAAUUACACAAGUGCUAAAAACUUUUUAAUGAAGUAUGUGGAAUAAAGCAAUACUGAGAAUUUAA